UGGGAUCUCAUGGUGAUGAUGGACGAAAGCCGCGGCUCUCUCGAGGCCUCGUCUGCCAAGCAGCGCACGAGCGGCCCAAUCCUUACACUUACUCCCCCGGCAUCCAUCAACCGUCGUACUGUGUGCCCGUUACAGAUGAAGUUCAAGGGUACUGGCGCGAUCUGCGACAGCGACGCGAAUAUCUUCUGUGCCGACCUCGGAGUUGACGGACUCCUCGACAAACUCAAUCAUGUCUUCGGCACGAAUUAUAGCCUUGACAAGAUUCCCAAUCUUGAAGCCCUUCUUGACGAGAUGGUGAACGACGAGUCAAAUUAUGAUUUCGGGUAUGCAUAUGGGAGGGUCCGUCGCGGAUGGUUCUGCGACGUUGACUAUCUGCACGAGCGAUUGAAUGGUCACGCUGAGGCCGAUUCCGGCCGCCGCCAGAGAGCUAUAGAUGACGACCUCAUCAUUGAUCCCCGUGUCCCUCCCCGUCGAGUAUGGGACUUGUACAGCAACCGCGUCCUCCCUUUUCACGUGCUCCUUGGAGCAGACGUACCAAGGAACCUGUGGGCAAUAUCUCACAGCUGGGUUCCCGACUCGCAGCUACAGCGCGUGUGGACACGCAUCAACAGCUGUAUGUGGCCAGUACCCAUCCCUUUGAGUGUCUACCUCAGCCAGAUCCGCAUCGAGCUGCUCAACUUGGGUGCUGAGUACGUCUGGCUAGACGCGCUCUGUCUCAGGCAAGAGAUCCCGCCUACCACCAUGCUAAACUACCCUUAUCGAGACACCGUGGACUCUCAGUGGCUGCGCAGGCGCGAGAAAACCCGAAGGGAGGAAUGGCGACUCGAUGUGCCCACCAUCGGGUAUGUCUAUCGCUGUAGGCCCUCGCAGGUGGUCGUAACGUACUUCAACGGUUUGGGAAGACCGUUCCGACUGUCUGCGAACUCAAAGUCCGCAUGGGGGAUAGCUAACACAAAUCACUGGAUUAACCGCGUCUGGACGAUGCAGGAGGCCACCCCAAACUGGCUUCUCGGCGGAUUGACACUUCAGCCCUUUGAUGACAAUGAACCAGGCCUUUGGGACACCAUAACACUCUUCCAUCAGCGGAUGAGCGACCUGCUCGCCGUACUUCCCCAGGGCUAUACUCCUCCGGACCUUUUUGCGCUGGUUACCUUCCUCCGGCUGCGUCACUCCCGACGCGAGAACGACUACAUCAGCGGUCUCGGCUAUCUGCUACAGUGUCCGGUCAUACCGAUCUACGACGAGACAAUCUCUGCUGAAACGGCAUGGAAGCGUCUUGUGCGCGAGCUGGACCCCAAGUUCUUGACCGACCUCCUCUUCCUAUUCCCCGUACCCGGCGCCGACCGAAGGGCUCGCUGGCGGCCGAGCUGGAAGCAGCUCCUACGCCAUCCGCUGACACCUCGCUCCACCCCUCCGGUCUCGUACCUGCAGCAGGACCUCGUUCAGUACGACCCCGCAUCCGACGUAUUCUCGAACGUCGCGUACGUCGUCGACCGCUGCGUCUUCCACCCUACUGAGACAGCUGGCUCUCUGGAGGUGGAAGUCCUGAUUGGGCCGAGAGACGGCGAGCAAGCGAAGUCUUGGUCUUUCACUAUCAUUGUCAACUGUACUAGUCCUUCCUUGGAGACCGACACCGAGUACACUAUUGUUGCAACUGCCGACCUCAAGUACUGGUUGUACGGGAAUACCGUCAACGAGACAUCGGGCUCUUUGACUUUUCAGAAGUUGGGCAUCUUCGAUGUGGACGAUGCCGAGGACAUGGACAGGCUUUGGCACCUGAACCCAGGGUAUGCUGAUAUGCGAGUAAUCUAUGCUUGAGGUUGUUUGUAAGCAUUUCAACCGGGCUCCUGGACGUGGACGAACUUGACGUACUAUUCUAUAGGUAUCCUCUGUCGGAAAUCCCGGAGGCACGAAAUUCAUUGUAGUCAUUGUCAGUUGGGACGCGCGCGAUAGUCUGUAGCACGUUGCAAUUGUAAACGUCUCGCAGUUCAAUAUGUAACGACAGCCUAUGACACGCCGUGUGCUAGGUUUACACCCAUUUUCCCACUUGUAUACACCUCAGCUAUCAUGCGAGUACACGGUGUAACCGUAGACCAGAAGGCGCCACGUCGAUGCGCAACGGCGCAGCGUUGCAUAUUGAUUCCUCGUAUAGACUAUGUUCCA